AUGUUCAGAGCUGGUUUGAAAGCUGGGCUAAGAGCCUACUCCAACCAAACGAAACGCUUUGUGACAAAUCGUCCAAGCCGGUCAAACAAAUGGGUUCCCUGGGCUAUUUUCGGUACGAGUUUCGGACUGGGAUGGUUUGUAACUCAGCAUAUGACAUUUGCGGACCUGCUGGCUAAAUACAUGUUUGAUAACGUGCCAGAGAAUGACGAAGGAUUGAUGAAGUACAAAGCACAGAUGCAGCAACGUUUGGAGAAUUUAAGUGUAGUGAAACAAUUGAAGCAAGUGGGAUACACAGAAGUUUUCUCGCAGAGAAAGAAGAAUAACACACUGAUAGACAAGACUUUACAGGUACCAGGUGGCAUUACUAUCCCACCAAGGUUCUUUUACAACCCCAAGACGAAGGAAACCGUGGGCAUAUACCACCUCGGGAUGAAACUAACGGGGUACCCUUUUUUGGUUCACGGUGGAGUUUUGGCUACAGUGAUGGAGGAUCUAAUGCGGGAAUCUGUAAUGUUCGCACAGGGUGCGAAGUCCGAGAAGACACAAGAUCUGACGCUCAAUUACAAGUUUCCCACUUUCGCCAAUCAGUUUGUCGUUGUGAGGAUUACUCAAGUUGAAGAAAACGGUAAGAACGUGAAACUGCAUGCUGAACUUAUGGACCAGAGUGGUGAUCGUACCCUCGUGAAAGGAACAGGUCGCUUCAAAACCUGA